CUUCAAGAUUCCUCCUUUAAUCAUUCUCUAUCCCAAUUCCCCUAGUUGUUAAAAACUCAAGCAACCCAUCUCCCUUCCAAUAUCCAAAGACCAAACAGACUCACAGUUUAUUGAUGUGGAUCUCUGUGGGUUUGUUAAAUGGAUACCUUGUUUAGGCUAGUAAGUCUUCAAUCUGAUCAAUCUUACAACUCCAGUAGAACCUCCAGCAGCUCUCGAUCCUCCAGACAAAACCAUCACUACCAACAAGAUCAAGACGAAGAAUGCUUCAACUUUUUCAUGGAUGAAGAAGACUUCUCCUCGUCUUCUUCGAAGCACUACUAUCCCUAUCAACCCCACCCUUCCACCACCACCACUAAUACCACCGCCACAAACAUAAGCAGUACCCCCACCGAAUUUUCUCUCUCCCCCGCCCGUGAUUUUAACUUCGAAUUCUCCGGCAAGUGGGCAUCCGAUGUACUCCUCGAAGCUGCACGAGCCAUCGCAGACAAGAACAGCACCCGUGUCCAACAACUCAUGUGGAUGCUCAACGAGCUCAGCUCUCCUUACGGCGACAUCGAUCAAAAGCUCGCCGCCCACUUCCUCCAGGCCUUGUUUAGCCGCAUGACAGACUCCGGUGAGCGAUGUUACCGCACUCUUGCUUCCGCAUCAGACAAAAAUUGCUCCUUCGAAUCAACCAGAAAAAUGCUCUUGAGGUUUCAAGAGGUGAGCCCGUGGACUACGUUUGGACAUGUGGCGUGUAAUGGUGCAAUCAUGGAAGCCCUUGAAGGUGAGCCGAAGUUACAUAUAGUUGACUUUAGCAACACAUACUGUACCCAGUGGCCUACUUUACUCGAGUCCCUUGCAACCCGCAGCGACGAAACUCCACAUCUCCGACUCACCACCGUGGUCGCCACAAAGUCCAGUGGUUCUGGAGGUAUGGCCGCAGUGCAAAAGGUAAUGAAAGAGAUUGGUAGCAGAAUGGAAAAGUUCGCUAGGCUUAUGGGCGUGCCAUUCAAAUUCAAUGUUGUCCACCAUGCUGGUGAUCUCUCAGACUUAAACCUAGAGGAGUUGGACGUCAAAGACGAUGAAGCCCUAGCUAUCAACUGUGUGGGCACUUUGCAUUCAAUCACACCCAUUGGUAACCGCCGAGAUUAUCUGGUAUCCUCUUUCAGACGAUUGCAGCCGAGGAUAGUGACCGUGGUUGAAGAAGAAGCUGAUCUUGACGUUGGAGUUGAUGGGCUCGAGUUUAUGAAAGGCUUUGAAGAAUGUUUGAGAUGGUUUAGGGUUUAUUUCGAGGCUCUGGACGAGAGCUUUCCCCGGACCAGCAACGAGAGGCUGAUGCUGGAGCGCGCGGCUGGACGUGCCAUUGUGGACCUGGUGGCGUGCUCGCCAUCCGACUCGAAAGAGCGGCGCGAGUUGGCAGCGAGCUGGUCCCGGCGUUUUCACGUGGGUCGGUUCGGUCCGAUUUCUUACAGUGAUGAAGUGUGUGAUGAUGUACGGGCAUUAUUGAGGAGGUACAAGGAGGGUUGGUCGAUGACACAGUGCUCGGAUGUUUCCGGAAUAUUUUUGUCGUGGAAGGAUCAGCCGGUGGUGUGGGCCAGCACAUGGAAGCCUUGACCAUGGAUUCAGACGCUUGGGAGUGAUCCACACGUAUGACAGUUUUUUUUUUUUUGGGCGUGCAUGGGGUACUGGAGUUUAAUUUUGGGUUUGCUUUAAUUUGGAAUAAAGGAAGAGAUCGAGAAUAGGGAUUUGCUUGAUUUGAAUAGAAAUGAAGUAAAUUCAUUUUCAUUAGUACUCUUGUUUUAAUAUCUGUAGAUUGUGAUUUGUAGGGAUUUUGAUCAUUUUUUUUUUUUAAUUAUGGCCGUAUCUCUGGGUAUUAUUUUA